CUAAUUCUCCCUGUUCUCUGUGUUUGAUCACAUUCAAAAGCUGCUAAAUUAAUAUAAAAUGGGUUGCCUGUGCACAAAGCAGCGACUUGGACAUGAAGAAGUUGCCAUUCUUGCUGCCCAAACCUGCUUUGAUGAAACUGAAAUUAAAGCUUUGUAUGAGCUCUUCAAGAAAUUAAGCAGUUCUCUAGUUGCUGAUGGCUUUAUAAGCAAAGAGGAGUUUCAGCUUGGCUUAUUCAGAAACAGCAAGAAGCAAAGCCUCUUCGCAGACAGAGUAGAAUCCUUUGUCCAUUUUUUUAUACAAAGGGGAACAGACCUAUAAAGUGUUAUGUUGGUCUAUUGUAUACAUCCAUUUUUAGUAAUGUGUUUUCUUUUUUGGGGAUAACAAAUUCGUCGUGUUUGCUUCAAUAAUAGAUGUUCCAGCUCUUUGAUUCUAAUCAUGAUGGGGUCAUAGAAUUCAGUGAGUUCGUUCUAACUUUGAGUAUAUUUCACCCUGAUGCUCCCCAAUCAGAAAAAGUCGCUUUUGCUUUUCAAAUAUAUGAUUUAUGGCAAACAGGCUUCAUCGAACAUGGAGAGGUCAAGGAGAUGAUUUGGGCACUUCUGGAUGAAUCAGACUUGAUUCUUUCUGAUGACAUUGUUGAGGCCAUUAUUGAUAAGACAUUUGAAGCUGUAGAUUCAAAAAGGGAUGGAAAAAUUGAUCUGGAAGAGUGGAAGGAAUUCGUGGCUCACAAUCCUUCUCUGCUCAAGAACAUGACUGUUCCAUAUUUGAAGGACAUUACUAGAGCUUUUCCCAGUUUUGUUCAGAGAUCAGAUACUGAAGUUGACACUAACAAUAGUAUCUGAGAAUACAACUGAUUACAAAGCAAGGGACAUGUAUGGAUAUCCCACCAUAGAUCAAUCAACAAAGAAUAAGCACAAAUGUUUACAACGUAAGAUCAAAUUUAUCAGUCAAGCUCUAUCGAUAUUUGAAUUUCUCAUAGUUGUUGUCAGCAAUAGAUGUUAAGGAUAUAGGAGCAAUCAGAGAAUUACUCAGGGACAUCCUAGCUGAGGGAUUGCAGAUUUGUGCGUUUGGGAGCAACCAUGCCUUCCAAGCUCAUAGGAAAGCACAUUUCUGUAUGCAGGCUGUUCCACACGUUGUCUGCCAAGAUAGCAUUCACUGCAUCAGUCGGAUGGAAUUGAUCCC